AUGUCGCUUAGGGAAGAUGGAGGAGGAGACGAGGGAGAGGUUUCGAGGAGAGUAUGGAGAAGAUAUCCAUUGAGCUGGUUAGUGACGUGCAGAAGAGACAUGAAUUUCCCAUUAUCCAUUGCUUUGCGCCCUUCAUCUUUGGUGAUCCUACUGGCAUAUGCAGCCCUCGUAGGUGUGGUCUCAUUGAUGCCAUGCUGGUAUGUCAUGGUCACACGUGUGGAGAAACGUGUGAAUUUGAACUCAGAAAAUCUUAUGUCCCAAUUGCAAUCAGAAACUGAAAUGCUACACCCAAUGAACUCCUCAUCAGCCAACUUAGCAAGAUCACUGACUUCCACCCUUGAAACUACUACUACUAGUACCUAUUUCUUUGACAAUGAUACCAAGGUGCUUGUUUUGGCUAUCCCACAAAAUGGAUCCGUUAGCUUUGAUCUCAAUUAUAAGAAAAAGGGAUUAGCACUUAUGAUUGUAAUGAUGGUGAUGAUAACUAUUGCCAUGUUGAGUUUUGUGUUCAUAAAUGGUAGAGCUUUAAGGCGAGAAAAGCAAUUGUGUGCUUCACUCACCAAACAAAUGGAAGCCACACAAGAAGCUGAGAGAAAGAACAAAAAUAAGAGUCUUGCAUUUGCAAGUGCUAGCCAUGACAUUCGUUCUUCUCUUGCUGGAGUUAUGGGCUUGAUUGAAAUAUCCCAUGAGUUACUAGUUGAUGCUAAUUCAGAAUUGGAGACCAAUUUAAAACAAAUGGAGGGCUGUACCAAAGACUUGCUAGGAUUGUUGAAUUCUAUACUUGACACAAGUAAGAUUGAGGCAGGAAAAAUGCAACUGGAGGAACAGGAAUUUGAUGUGUUCAAUCUCCUAGAGGAUGUAGUUGAUUUAUUCCAUCCAGUGGCCAUGAAGAAAGAUGUAGAUCUUGUGUUGGACCCUUGUGAUGCUUCUGUUAUCAGAUACUCACGCGUGAAGGGUGACAAGGGUAAACUGAAACGAGUUCUAUGUAACUUACUGAACAAUGCUGUUAAGUUUACUGAUGAAGGGCAUAUAACAGUUCGAGCAUGGGUUCAGAAGCCAACAGUGCAGAACAGUACAGCAAUCACCACCAGUACUAGCCAACAUUAUAGUUUCAACAAACUAUUAUCAUCCUUAUUUCUUGAGAAAAAUGAACCAGAUGAUAAAGUUGAAGACGUAAACUCAGUUCAACAGGAUACUUAUUGUAUGGAUUUUGUGUUUGAAGUGGAUGACACAGGGAAAGGAAUUCCAAAAGACAAAUACAAAUCUGUGUUUGACAACUAUGUUCAAGUGAAAGAAACUGCUCUUGGCCAAGGAGGAACUGGCUUGGGACUUGGCAUUGUGAAAUCAUUGGUAGGUAUUAAUUAA